AUUUGCCAUUACACAUAAUACAUCUUCCUAGCAGUUACUUUGGUUGUGAAGGAACUGAAUCAAUUCAGAUAAAUACGUGGAUUUUGAAGAAACAUACAAAGAUAAAAAUGAGGCAGGCCAUUUUCCUGCACAUUUUCUUGGGAACAUUGGUUUGCUUGAGUGGAUUCUACGUCAAUGCAGAAGACCCAUACUUAUAUUACACAUGGACUGUAACAUAUGGAACCAUUUCCCCACUAGGUUAUCCUCAAAAGGGUAUUCUUAUCAACGGACAGUUUCCAGGCCCUACAAUUGAUUGCGUUACUAAUAAUAACAUUGUUGUAAAUGUCAUUAAUAAACUGGACGAACCUUUCCUCAUUACAUGGAACGGAGUGAAACAGAGAAAGACUUCAUGGCAAGAUGGAGUGCUGGGAACAAAUUGCCCAAUCCCACCAAACACAAACUGGACUUACAAGUUUCAGACAAAGGAUCAGAUCGGAACAUUUACCUAUUUCCCUUCCACUGGAUUGCACAGAUUUGCUGGUGGUUUUGGGGCUUUUAAUAUUGCACAGAGGUCCGUCAUUUCAAUCCCAUAUCCCAAAUUUGAUGGAGAAUUUAACCUCCUCAUUGGCGAUUGGUUCAAGGCUGAUCCCAAGACCUUACAGAACAGGUUGGACAAGGGUUAUAGUUACCUUCCUUUUCCUGAAGCUCUUCUCAUAAAUGGUCUACCUGAUGGUCGUGCUGUUUUCACUGGAGAAAAAGGAAAAACCUACAAAUUCAGGGUCUCAAAUGUUGGGACGGAAACUUCCAUCAACUUCAGGAUUCAGGGGCAUGUGAUGACCCUUGUGGAAGUGGAAGGAGCUCAUUCUCUGCAAGAAGUGUACGAAUCCUUUGACAUUCAUGUGGGUCAAUCAGCAGCAUUUUUGGUCACAUUAAAUGGCUCAGUCAAGGAUUAUUUCAUUGUUGCCAAUUCCCGUUUCACAAAGAAAGUUCUUACUACUACUGCAAUCCUAAGCUAUGCUGGUUCUCAGUCCAGAGCCCAAGGACCAUUGCCCGUAGGUCCAUCUACUCGUGACAUUCAUUGGUCCAUGAAACAAGCCAGGACCGUCAGAUUGAACUUGACGGCCAAUGCAGCAAGGCCAAACCCACAAGGUUCAUUCCAUUACGGGACGAUUCCAAUUGUCCGGACAAUUGUUUUGGCCAAUUCAGAAACUAGGAUUGGUGGGAAGCUUCGAUACGCAGUUAAUGGGAUCUCGUACGUUGAUCCAGAAACACCAUUGAAACUGGCUGACUGGUUUGGCAUACCUGGGGUGUUCAGCCUUAACACAAUCAAGGACACUCCCACCCCGGGCCGCCCUGCUGUCUACGGUGCCUCUGUUAUAGGAACUACUCUUCAUGACUUUGUCGAAAUCGUCUUCCAGAACAACGAAUCCAAACUUCAAUCUUGGCAUUUGGAUGGAUAUAGUUCCUACAUUGUCGGAUAUGGACUUAAGCAGCAAUGGACUGCUGAUAUGAGGAAACGCUACAAUUUGGCUGAUGGUAUACCCAGACACACUAUUCAGGUAUUUCCAAAAUCUUGGACUGCUAUACUAGUUUCGUUGGACAACAAGGGAAUGUGGAACUUAAGGUCUGCAAUCUGGUCGAGGAGGUAUUUGGGUCAACAAUUGUAUGUGAGAGUUUGGAACAAUGAACACAGCCUCUUCACCGAGAAUGAUAUCCCUCAAAAUGCAAUACUUUGUGGCCAAGCCAAGAAGAGCUCAUAGGAAAAAAAAAAAAGAAAAAAAAAAUUUAAUAUUAUCAAUUCGUGUACCUUCUUUAAUUUUUUUUUCUUUAUUAUUAAUUUUUUUUACUUUUUUUUUUUUCCAAAAAAACUAAAAAAAAUUCAGUUACGAGGGUGUGACUGUCCCAAAAAAGUUAUGAAUAUUGAGGUAACAGGGGUUACAAUUUAGCUAGCUAGGAAGUGCUUGCCAAAAUAUUAAUAUUUCAAAGUGUACUCAUCCAUCGUGUUAGAUUACU